AUGGUCCCGCCGGGGCUCGUGAGGAAACUCGGCCACCCGCUGGCGGAGAUCCGCGAGCGCGCGCUCCGGAGCAUCCUCUGCAAGGAGGACCACGGCCUGGUGUGCGGCGCGGCGCUCGGCCGGGAGAGGCCGCUGCUGCUGCGCCUGCUGCGCUGGUUCACCUUCCCCGCCGCGCCCCUGCAGCGGGAGGCGCUGGGGCUGCUGCGCCGGCUGGUCCAGUAUCCUGCAGCAGUCCAGCAUUUGCUUGAUCUUGGCGCAGUUGAGUUCUUAUCGAAACUUCGUUCUAAUGUGGAGCCAAAUCUGCAGGCUGAGAUUGAUGGCAUUCUGGAUGGGCUUUUUAUUCUUCCUUCAGAAGUUCCUACACUGCCUUCUGCACCUCACCAAACCAAUCAAACAGAAUUACCACAACAGCCCGAAAUGUUGACAGGGUACUUUCCUCAGGAGAAAAGUCAUCUCCAGCAGCCGGAAGCACCUCCGCCCCCUCCAGCAAAUCAGACUGUGAAAUGUUUGAAGUUUUCCAUGUUUCCCUGGCUGCCCCUGACCACGACUGACAGACACGUUCUCUCUUCCAAUGAAAGCUCUCUGAGAAGCAGCAACCACACUUUGAUUUGGAACACCUGUGAACUGCUGAAGGACGUCAUCAUGCAAGAUUUUCCUGCUGAGAUUUUCCUUCAGAGGCCAAAGAUUGUCCAGAGCCUGCUGUCUCUGUUGAAACUGGCCUUCGGAGGGAGCGGGAAGCACAGGCUGGCCUUGCAGUCCAUGUCCUGCCUGCAGCAGCUGUGCGUGAGUCUGAGAAACAGGCUGAACUUCCACCGAGAUCCAGGCUUCUUCUCCAGCAAGCGAGAUACAGUUUCCCAGAAUUCUUCUCUGUCUUACUGUCAUGAAGUCAGAGUCGCUCAUCCUUCCCAGAGCCCUUCCCCGGGGAGCAGCAGUCCCCGGCCUUCGGUGGUGGGGCGCACGGGCCAGCGCCCCAGAGGAGACGGGCAGGACUGGGACGCCGUGUCUUCCAGUGGAAGCAGCAGCCGCGCUCACGGGAAUUCUCGGGCCUCUGUCCACUCACCGCUGGACCUGGCGCAGGUGGACCUGCCGGAGCUGGAGGCCGAGGACGCCCUGGAGCUGCAGUUCCAGCAGCUCAGCCUCCCCCAGUUCUGCGUCUGCGUCCUGGAGGCGGCUGUGCCGCUCCUAAGAACAGGGAGCAGGCAGAUGGUCAUUCGAGCCCUGGAGCUGCUCACAGAGGACCUGGUACUUAUCGGUGAAGCGAUUUCAGCAGAUGUCUGGGAUGACAGCAGCCUGUUUGCUAUUGACAUGAAAGAGAAGCUGCUCUCAGUGUUGGGGUCCCUUGGGGACACGCUGUGUCACCACAAGAGCGCUGGCAGCGUGGAGCUCCCCCCGGCCGUGCUCUUGCACCACAGAACGGCCUUCGUCAGCAUCUCACUGUUCGCCGUCCGGCUGUUGCAGACGCUCCUCCCCGUUGAGAAGGCAAGCCAUACUUUACCGGAAUCUAUGUCAGCAGCACUGUUUCUGCUUUCUUUGGACAUGCCUAUUUCUUUGGACUAUCCAAAUAUUCAUGAAGCUGCUGUGGCCUAUUUGGAACAGCUAAACUCCGAAAACUACAGCAUCUAUAAACGAACUGCAGAGACCGUAUACUCCAUUGAAUGCACCUGUAACUUCCUGGCUGAUGUUAGGAAGGAGGGGGAGAAGAAUCUCUUAGAAUUAGUGGAGCUGGCAGACCAAGUCUUGCUGAGCUUUUCCUAUCAUCAGCAUUUUUCCAUAAUAAAGGACAUCAUCUGCAUUUGCUCAAAGAUCUGGAAAUCUGCACAGGCCAGUCCUUUACUACAAGGGGAAAGUCAGAAGGUGUUUCUCCGUAUGUUGUCUCACCCAUUGCCACAAGUAAAAAUUGAAACUUACCGCUGCUGUGUGGAUAUUGUUAAGGAAUGUCUGGGUAUCCAUAAUGUCACUAAGCCCGUGUCUUCACUCUGCACUGGAAUUCAUUUCUUGCUUCAUCCAAAAGUCUUAUAUGAAAUCUCUGCUUUUGGCGUUCAAGAGCCCAAAAGUGAGGUGAGCACAGCUGCCAGGGCCAUUCUGCUGCACCUGCUGCAGGGACGUCUGGUGAUGGCAGCGCCGACCUGGAGCAAGUUCAUUGAGUCUGUUUGCCCUGUCCUCGCCGUGCUCCAGGGCUGUGCCGACAUGGAGGACCCCUUGGGUCACUCUAUUCUCCUUCUGAGCAAAGAGAGGACCGAGGAUGGCGAGUGGAUCCUGCCUGGCACCACCCGGGUGAAGGCCCUGCUGCGGCUCCUGCUGGUGAAGAAGCUGUCGGUCCGCUCACUGGCGCUGAAGCUCCUCGUCUGUCACCUCACCAGGGAAGAAGGGACUGAGGCCAAGCGUCCUCUCCUAGACGCCAGACUUCUCUCCAGAGUUACCAGUUUGUUUAUUGUGAAGAAACCCAUUGAACUCAAGUUGGAUGACAGACAGGACCUGGUCAUCAAGUUGGAGACUGUUGAAAAGCUGUAUGAAAUCUUUACCUCAGACGAUACUGAUCUUGUUUUGAGAAAGUCGGCCGCAGAGCAGCUGGCUGUGAUCAUGCAAGAUAUUAAAAUGCAUGCUAUGGUGAAAAAGUUAGGCUUGACUGACAAGAUAAUUGAGUAUUUACGUGACUGUGUGGGUCAGGAUGGCGAGGUCACAGAGUGCCUGGUGCCGCCGAGCCUCACGCUUCUGAGGAAGGUUCUCUGUGCCGACCCGGCCACGCGUGUCUCCCUGGCCCAGCAGGCCUCCCUCCUGACCCUGCUCCUCAGAGUUUCCUUGAUAUUUCAUGAAGACUGUACAGUUGUGACUGAAGUUGGAGCAUUAUUUUGUCUCCUGCUAUUUGAUGAAGUGUCAAGAAUGGAAAUGUGGGCUGUUAAUCCUUCAAGUAAACCGUCUUCACCAUCCUCCUUCAGUUUGCCUGUUUCAGUUUAUAGAAGGUAUCACCUGCCGGUGCGCGUGCUCGGCCACCAUGCUGUGAGCCCUUACUCCAUCGUCCUGCCCCUGUCUGCUGACCGCCUGGCCUUGAAGCCGGUCUCGGAUAUGCUGCGGAUAGCUUGGAACCUGUCGUGGUAUCACGGGAGCGAUAACCUGCUCAAGCAGAUGAACUCUGAGACCAAAACCCAAGAGUUUCUCGACACCCUGAGGUUGUCCGCCGAGGAUGCGCUUGCCCUGCAGGUGACACACAGGGCCGCCGGGCUGGGGGACUGCCUCCGCGCCAUCGUCCAGGCUGCAGCCCACAGGGACGUGCGGGCGGCGGUCACCAGGAUGAGCUUCUAUCUGCUGAAUGACAGGCUCUCUGCCAAGAGUGGCGCCGGCCCGUAUGGGGCUCCCUUGGAGUCUUUGGCUUGGCACACGGCACUCGGCAGGUUUUUACAAGUGCUUCCUGCUUGCACUGAAGAUGAGAAACUGCUGAUAGAUAUCAUACAUUUUUUAAAUAAGUUGUUGAAGGACUGGAGAAGAAAUUCAUCAGUAGAACUCCUAAACUGGCUUCUAGAAUUACUUCUUAGACAAAGUCCAAACCCACUUUUAGAUCUUCUGGUUCCAACAGAGUCCCAGGCCCGGGAAGAAGCUGAUGACGUCGGGACUGCGGUCAGGCAGCAGCUGCAGAAGGAGCUGAUGGGGCUCUUCAGCACCCUGCUGCUGGGCUGCAGGGCUGUCACUGACAGGAAGUGCUUGGAACUCCUCCAUGUUUUCCAAACGCAGCUGGCCUUGAGGCUGCUGCAGUGCCUGAGGGUCACGGAUGCACCUCACUUCUAUGGGCUGCCGUCCCUAGAGAGGACCUUGCGGGGCAUGGCCCAGCUCACGGCCGAGCCGGGCUGGAGCACGCACUCUCCACUCACAAAGCCGCUCGAAAUCUGUACAAAGUACUUGUCAGGUCUCCUUGAAGUCAUCACCUCCUUCUACGUGGAGCGUGGUGGGAACGCCAUGUCCUUCAUGGGGAAAGGGGUCACGAAGAGCACCGUCCUCUGCCUGCUCCACUUGUCCCAUGAGAUGAUGGCCCAGGCCCAGAGCUCGGAGUGGAUGUCACUGUGGUUCCUGCCUCUGGGCGGUCAUGGUGACGAGCGGGCGCCGGCUCAGCAGGGACUGACUUGGCUGAUUCCACUGUGGGUGGAUCGAGACCCGGAGGUGAGAUUUACUUCCCUGGGAUUAGGGUCGGCACUCACCACUCUGGAAAGUGGCUGUGUGGUUUUGGCGAACAGUUGUCAGAACAUUUCUGGAGGGCUGUGGGGCACCGUGGUGAACAUUCUCCUGGACCACUCGGAGUGCAGCCUGGUGCGCCGCGAGGCUGCAUUUAUUCUUCAGAAUCUCCUUGUAAUUCCAAUGCCUUCGGAAAUUAUAAAGGAUUAUACUUGGCAGGGCCCCUGUGUCCACGACGAGGACUCGGGCCUGUCGCUCACCGGGAAGCCCGCUCUUCAGGCUCUGCUGUAUCACUGCCGUUUCUAUGAUCAUUUGAGUCAGAUGAUUAAACAUUGCUACCGGGGGCGGUAUGUGUUUCACUGGAAUUCUUCAGCUCUUGAUGGGGCUUCAGAAGGCAGUGACAUCAGUGGUUUAGAUGACUCAUUCAAGUUCUGGAGAGCUCCAUCCAGGAUGUCCACUCAAGAUCGGGAUACCAGUUCUCUCUCUACUUCGGAAACAAUGGUGACACCUUCGUCAGGGAGCGUGGGAUUUCAGCCCCUUGUGCCCUCGGCGACGCUUCCGCCCGAAGCCGCACACGACCACUUUGUGACUCAAGCAGGUCAGCACGAGGCUGCGUCACCCCGGCUCCCGCACGACUCCUCCCUGUCGGUCCCUCUGCCCCAACCGUGCGUGCUUGUCACCCCCACGCUCCUGUCCGCCAUCUGCAGCCUCUUAGACAGCCUCUUGGCCGUGACUCCAGGAGACACUGCAAGUGCCUUUCGACACGCUGGCCUCCUGGAGCUGCUGUGCAGUCUUGCAGACGCCGCCCUCGUAGAGACCUGCGUCCAGGAGCUCAGGGCCCCGCCGCCUUCGUCGCCGCCCGCGGAGCACGCACAGGCCCAGGCGUCCUUUCUCCUGGAGUACGUGGCCUCUUUGUCCAGGCUCCUGCAGUCCUGUUUACUGGUAGAUCCCGACCUCGUGGUUCAGGACACUCUUUUGACACCUCUCAUCGCAAACAUCGUUGGUGUCCUCACCAUAUGCACCAACGGACUUGUGGAUGUAGAGUUAAUAUCGGCUUUUCAUCACACGUGGACACAUUUAUUUAACUUUCUGGCCACACUCCUGAGGAAGGCCGGGAUUACCUCCCUCCCCUCUAUCACGAUGGGGCUGGCCAAGCACUGGACCGCUGUGAUUGACCUGCUGUGCCAGUGCGUGGGCUUGUCCAGUGCCAACCCGGCGCUCUGUGCUGCCAGCCUGCAGUUCCUCGCUGUUCUCUUGACCCAAGAAGCAAAAAGGCAGCUCCAGGAUAGAGACAGAACUCACUUAGGCCCCAGCCUCACGGUGGCUUCCCUUCUUGAUAAAACUCAGGAAAAUCAGCCGUCUCUGGAACGACUUAAUGAAGUAAUUCUUCAGUGCUAUGAAGUAAAAUCCUCCAAAGACACCCUGAAGAGAGUGGCUGCGAACGCGCUGCUGUCCCUCCUGGCCGUGAGCAGGCAGGCUCAGAAGCUCGCUCUCCAAGCCUCCCUGAUCGACACCUGCCUGGCGCAGAUGAAGCACAUUAGCGCCCAGCUGAACCUUGACUCCCUGAGGCCUGGGCGAGCAGCCCUGAAGAGAAAGGAGGAUGGUUUUACUAAAGAGUUAAGCACUGCCAUGCAGCUCCUGAGAAACUGUCUUUAUCAAAAUGGAGACUGUAAGGAAGCCGCGCUUGAGGCUCACCUCGUGCCUGUCCUGCACGGCCUCUGGCCUUGGCUUUUGAUGGACGACUCCCUGAUGCAGGCCGCCUUGCAGCUCCUGUGCGUCUACACGGCCAACUUCCCGAACGGUUGCAGUUCUGUCUGCUGGUCGAGUUCUGGACAACAUCCCGUCCAUGCCGCCUCCCGGGGGCCCCCCGGCAGCUCGCUGAUGCAGAGCGUCCUCAAGUUGGCCUCCCAGAUGUCCCUCGAGAACAGCACCGUCCAGCAGAUGGUCUUCACGUUUCUUUCAAACCUGGCCCUGUCUCAUGACUGUAAAGGAGUCAUUCAAAAGAGUAACUUCUUGCAGAACUUCCUGUCUCUAUCACUGCCGAAAGGAGGAAAUAAGCAUCUCAGUCACCUGAGUGUCCUUUGGCUGAAGUUGCUCCUGAGCAUGUCCUUCGCGGAAGACGGGCAGCAGGCCAUCCUGCGGCUGGACGGCGGCCUGGACCUGCUCACAGAGAUGAGCAGGUUCAAGCCCAGGAGCGGCCCUCCCUUGCCUCUUCUGAUCUUCCAUAAUAUUUGCUUCAGCCCUGCUAACAAGCCCAAGAUCCUGGCUAAUGAAAAAGUCAUCGGCGUGCUCGCCGCCUCCCUGGAGAGUGAGAGUCGGGACGUGCAGCGGGUCGGAGCGGCCGCGCUCUGGGCGCUGAGUCACAAUUACCCCAAGGCAAAAACAACUUUGAAAAAUCCAUUAAUAAAAAGAAGAGUGGAUGAAGCUUAUUCCUUAGUGAAGAACACUUUCUCAAACUCAGAAGAAACCCCUCUAAAUGCCUAUUAUUUGCAAUGUCUUGAAAACCUGGCCCAGCUCCUCAACUCUUCAUGAGCCUAUGCGGGCCUGGCCCUGCAGCUGGUGGCCACAGGAGGGUGCCCGGUGCACCCAAUCUCGGUGGCAGCUGUUUCCUAGACAGGCUUGUUCCUGCGGGUGUGGACCCCUCCCUGCAAGGAGAACCGGAACGGGGGUGUCCCCACCCCCCGCCCCUUCGGACUGCUCUCCGUCGGUAAGAGCCGCCGAUGGGAAGAUGGUGAAGACACGGAAAGCUCCAGGAACACAGAAGUUCUUACCUUUAUCUAUGCAAUUUGUUUUGUAAAAAUUCUAUUUAACAGUUAUUUAAUAAAACAUUUUUAG